CACACCCCGCUUUUGUUAUUGGCUGAUAAUACAAGACACUUCCUUUUCUAAUACGGCGAACGAGUGCACUCUGUUGUGAUUGGAUAGGGUAAAACCACUAGUUUUUGGCGGGUUGGGAAGAAGAAAAAAAGAUGUCUGCCUCCGGUGUUGUAUACAUCGCAGUUAGUUUACGAAUGGAAAAAUACCAGGAAAUGGAUAUCCAAAUCGGAGAGUAAAGCCUUAGAGGAGCGGAUUAAAGCUGCAUAUGAGCAAAGGAAACCGAUCAUAAAGGUUCUAUAAUACUGCUGGGAUCGCUCACCUGACCUGAAGAGAGAGUGUGGUAACUUAGGGUAUUGGACUGGUGCCAUUUUGUUGUGUGUAUAUACUGCAUGCAGGAUGCAAAGCGGACCUCGACCCCAGCCUACCUGGCAAAAGGAGCACUUAUGGAUGGCACUCCAGGGUCUUGGCUUUGAUCCUGGGUCAGAGGCAGCUGCUACUGGUAAAGCCUUAACUCAUGUCACCACUGGAGUGAACAUGUUUGACAAGCCAAAUAAGGAUGCAUUUUACAUGGUUUUUCACUUUCUAUUUGCUGAGCUGGAUAGUGCAAGAUGCAAGGAGGUUUUCAGAUUUUGUUGGCCUCCGUACAACAAGAAGCAAGAUGCUGAGUUCAGGAAAGCAUGCUGCGAUUGGCUGCGAAAGAUUUCUGAUGAGGUUGGGAAUGGUUUUCCCCAAGUGGUGGCUUCCAUAUUUCUUUCUCCUGGCGGACCCAAGUUUGUGCAACUUUUGUACCACUUUACUAAAUAUGUUCUUUUACAUCAUAUUAAAAGAGAUGUUGACGGUGCAAAUGCAUUCAUCCCAGACGCACUGCAGAUAAAGCAUAAAGAUCCUCAAAAAGCUUUAGCAAGAAAUAAUGUGGCGCGUCAACGGUACUUACAAGUGUUGCAAAGAGAAAACUUGGUGAUCAGCAAAUACCAGGAAAAAGCACAGUUGCUGACAAAACAAAUUAGGGACUUGCGAUCUGAAUAUAUCAUGUUGCAGAAUCAACUUAAAGCCAUGAAAACUGUAGACAUAAACCACAGUAAGACGAAUGAGACAGUCAAAGAGAUACGACGCAUGUGGAACAUAAUUAUGCAAACCCUGAAAAUGAUUGAAAAAGAAAUAGAUGUUGUGGAAUCUGUGGUGAAAGGAAAUGUUGACCAGUAUUGUAUUGAUGGGACAAAUGUUACCUUGAAUAUUCCAGGUCUACUGGUUUCCAAGAUCGAGAGUGAAAUGCACAGGUUACAAAUGGAGAAUGUAUAUGAAGCUGGGAAGAUAAAUCUUGUAACAGUUGUUCAGCUUCUCAAUGAAGCUCUCAAAAUGGUGAGACAAGAACGUUGUGAAUCUGAUAGCAAAGAACUAAAACUAGACUUUUCGUAUCUGAACGGCAAAACAAAGUAUGAAACAGAAUUGUUAACAAGAUUGAGACUUAUGAGGCAUAAAAUUAGGAGGGAAGAUCUUGUGUCUAUUAACAAAUCAAUUGCAGAUAAACAGACAGAGUGGGAGAAAAAAUGGGAAAUACACCUUGGGAAGCCUCCUUUCUGUCUUUUUCAGGGUCUUAACCAAGCUCUUGAGCUCAAUACUCUGGAAGCGACUUCUUCCUUUGACCCUGCUUCGCAAGAGAUAUUGAGUAGAAAUAUGUUCUCCCAGUACCCACCAUCUCUUCCAGCUUUGGCCACUACAAAAGAAAUACACUCCAAAGACUUGGACCUAGAUUAUAGUGGAUCUUUAUUGAGAAGUCUAAUGGAUUCCUCCGUUUUGUCUUCAAGUUUAAGGAAUUCAUCAAAUGCAGCAAGCAAAACACCUUUAAAACGAAGAAUGUCCCUAAAUGAAAAGGAAUUAAGGACUCCAAUUCAGUAUAUAAGAGAUAGAAAUGUUCUACAAAGGACUUUAAGUCCCACUUCUGUGCAGAAGAGGAGAUCUGCUGAAAUCUGGAAAACUGAAAGUAAAGUGCUUCCUCACACACCAACACCACGUAAACAAGAUGAUCCUGUAAGCAUGGCACGGCAGCAACUUGUUCAACAAGUUGCGGAUUACAUCGAUUGUGGCACACCUCGUUCUAAUGGAGGGAGAGGUAUGGAACUUGAUGACUUAAUUGGCAUGUUGUCCUCUGAUCCUUUCUUAUCAAGGAAAGAAAUCCCACGAACUCCAGAAAAUUUGAUUUCAGAUAUUAGGACAUCAUGGCGCAAAGCUAUUCAGACAGACGAAACUCCCCAUACAUCCAUUCCUUUGGAAACACCUCGGUUGGAAUCGCCUGUAGAACUGGAGCCUGCUUAUUGUAGUCAGAUAGACAUGAGCAUGGCCUGCUUUAUGUCUACCUCUUGUAUUUCUGAUGCUAAUGACUCAUUGGAAAUGAGAAGAUCUAGCACAGGUAGACAAAUUUUCGGUCAACCAUUAACCUUACGUCAGAGUGCAAAUGAUGCGCCUAGUGAGAAUCUUUUGGGGCAAGGCGAUACAUUUGUUAUGGAGGAGGAAAGGGAGAUGUGUAAACUUGUACCAUCAUUAAUAGAUACAAAUAGAACUUUUGCUUUAGAUAAGCAGUCAGAGUGUAGCUUAUUGGACAGUACUUCUCUCUCUGCACAGAAGCAGGAAAAUCCUUCAGCACAUACAACUCUAUCAUGGGAUUCCUCAAAUAUGUUUGAGCACAACCAUAGUUAUGAUAGCCAUGACGUGAUUCAGUUUGGCAUACUGCACGAAACUCUUCCAGAGGGAGCGGGCAACUUGAGCCUCAACAGCACAAAAAGUAUAGAUGCUGAUGAAAGUAUGGAGAAUGUCAUCGUAGACUCUGGUCACCUCUUAAAGAAAACGGAGUGUGGCUUGGAGACUAUAGAACGUAAAAUAGACUUAGAGACUAUACGCAGCAGAUAUGAGGCACUUAAAAAACAUUUAACUUUUUGUGAGAAUGAUUCUCUGCAUUCCCGUAAGAGAUUCUCUAAGCCUAAAUCAGAGUCAAGUCUUCCACAUGAAGUAUGCAAUAUGUUUAGCCCUUUGGAAAAAGGUUUAGCAUUGGACUUGGAUAAUGUGAAGACUACUUCAGCGAAAGAAAGAAAGCUGUCUCUCCCGCAACUCAUAGUUUUUUCUCCCUCUGAAGACCUCCCUGAAAAGCAAGCGAACAUUACAGAUGCUUAUGAAUUUCAAGGCUCUGGAAAACUGAAUAAGACUUUUGAUUUUAAAAGGGAAGCCUCCGAACCACCGAAAAAUACAGAUGAAGUGCUAGGACAGAUUAUAAAGUUUUAAUAUUGUGAAACUGGGAGUUUCUGUACAGUUUGUGAAGCCUGUGUUUGUAAAUAAAUCAAAAACUAUUUCUAAUUAA